CAUUCUACUGUAUUUAAAUAUAUGCAUCUUUUUGUGUUUAGAACGUGUAGGAGGGCAACAUGUUAAUAUGAAGAGCUGGUGAAAUGUUAUAAAGGGUUUUUUAUUUUGUGCAUCAGCUCUCACUUGAAAAGGCGUUGCUAGGAGACAGGGUGGUGGUGCUGAUGUCAGAAUUUAGAUGCAUACUUGUUAUAUAUUUUUUCUAUAAAUAAUUAAUCUUAUUAUUGAAACUGCAGCCAAUGAUAAAUGUCUUUCAAAUUUCGUGUUAAAUGUUUUUUACUGUCGUUUUGUGGGAGACAGGACUGGGAGACACAUCAAAAGGCAAGAUUACAGCAUUUCUUGUCAGACCUGGCAAUAUUAGGAUCCUUACAGGGUUUCUAUUAUUUUCAGCCCUGGCUGAGGGGGAAAGAGGAACUGGUGCUGACUAUUGUCAAUGAAGAUCUGAGAUGGCCUUCUCCUGGUUUUCCUGCAUCAGUUGCAUCAUCUUGCACCAGUCCCACUUGCAGUAGCACUUUCAGUCUGGACAGUGACUAUGCCAGCUCUCCAUUACCUGGUGAAAGUCCACAACACAGACCUCAGUCUUUUCAGGCCUCUCAACAGCAGCCUAGCAGGAGUAAUGACUUGCCUCUUCUCCCAGCUUCACCCAGUGAGAGGGAGAGCUCUGUGCCAGAAAUUAAUCGCACCCUUUUCCUGUUGGCUGGCUAUGCUAAAUACGGGCAGCCAUAUGCAUGGAUACGAUCCAAUCAUGAACGUUUGAUGAAUAUUAGAGGUGCUGAUUCAACGGCCAAAGAUACACCAAUGAAACUCAAAUCCAUCACAGACUGGGUUUUAACUUCUCAAGGAACACGGGUGUGGGAUGUGGUUAAUGAGUUGGUGGGUCUGUGCACCAUGCCACCUCCAGAUAAUCCUUUCUCAUUGGAUAUGUGCUACCUCCAUACCCUUCCCCUCCCAGAGCGCUUCCUUGCCACUGGAGCCCUCCUUAACUUCUUGGAGAUGAUUGUGGUUCAGGGAAAUCGCAAGGAAACGUUCUAUGAUUUAGUUGUGGAAGAGAUCAAGUCCCUGAGACAACUCCAUUUUCAGAGUCUCACUGAACUCCUGAGAUGCCGUAAUAUCCAGAGGAGGAGCCUCUCAAAAAUGGAUUCUUCAGAGAAGCAGCAGUUUUUGUCAAACAGCCAUGACUCUGGAGAUAACAACACCCACUUUGAACAGAAAGUAACAGUAGUAAGCUCUCAGAGGCAAGAACCAGAUAUUUAGAUGCAAAGAAGUCAGGUUUUAUUAUAUGAACUACAAUUAUGAAUUUUUAGUUUAGUUUAGUAAAAGUUCUAAAUGUGUAAGAAGUACUCUUUAUCUCACUGUAGAUUUAGAAACUCUUAGUUGCAUAGGUAUUGUACAGUCAUCCUAUUGUAUUUUAUUAACUUUACUCAGGACUUCUACUUCAGAUAUUAAUAUAUAGUAAACAUUUUUAUUGCAAAUGUUUGCUGUUGGUUUAAUUAUUGUAAUUGCUUUAUUGUCAAUCUGAGGCUGCUGACAGCCCUGGAUAAAAUGUAUACUAAAGUUGAUUAAGCCUGUGUUUGCCAACAUUGUGGGGAUUUUCAGUUGGUUUUAUGAGGGCAUAAGCCCUUCACUGUAUAUGACAACUUUCUUGGUUAGCAUGUUUGUCUUGCACUGCCAGGGUUGGGGGUAAGCGUCCUGUCUCCGCCCUGUACAAGUGGAGUAUGCCUGUUCUCCCUGUGCUUUGGAAGUUUCCUGUGUGUACUUCAGAGGUACUGGGAAGGAAACCCCCCAGUCAUAUAUUGUGGGCUGAUUGGCAUCUCUAAAUUGUAUGUAGUGUGUGAAUGGGUGUGUGACUGUGCCUGUAAUGGGUUGGGACCCUGUCCAGGGUGUCCCCCGCCUUGUGCCCAGAGUCAUUUAGUAUAGACUCCAGGUUCCCCGUCACCCUGUAUAGAAUAAGCAGUACACUUAGGACACUGUACAUAAACACUCAAAUGAGACUGACUCAGGCCUCUAAUUCUCUAAGAUUUUUACAGCAAUUCCAGAAUAAGAAAAUCAGU